AUACGGGAUCUCCCGGAUGGCGCCGCUAGCCGCUUGGCUUAGCCUAAGUUAACUUCCUUUGAUGCUUACGAAGUUACGCCAUUCUAAGCAGGGGGUGGCUUUUGGUUUUACAAAAGAGGCAACAAUUGAGCAAAUUGUCAGCCCUAGUGAGCUUCCCUUAUGCUUUUGGUAGCUGGCAUAAGCUAGGUUCAUUUACACAGUCUUAUCAACGUCCAUGCCGUCCAGUCCAUGCUUGAGGCAUACAUGUCGAUGCCCCAAGAAACGUUCCCUCUCUUUUCCUCUCCAUCAAGUUACAAUUUCCCAUCAUGCACAAAGUCUUUGCCUCAGAUUUCUUCAACUUCGAAUUCCUUCGUCUCCUUGGCACUGUUCCCUUCCAAGGAGCAGAGGUCGGCGAGUGCCUGACCACCGCAGGGCGCAUCAAAGAUGGUGAUCCUGAGAGCUGGUAUCGCGCCUGGCGUGACCAGGCAGAAAAGGCACAAGCUCUAGCAGAAGAAGCUGCUGCUGUCGGCGAUAGGACCGGCGCUUGCUGGGCUUAUAUUCGUGCUGCCAAUUACUGGCGGGCCAGCGAGUUUCUGCUGCACUGCACCCCCAAUGAUCCGCGCAUCUUGGCAGCUUCAAAGGCCAGCGUGAAUGCCUUUGACAAAGGAUGGGUUCUUCUCGAUGCCACUGUCAAGAGCUUUGAGAUUCCUUACGACAAGGAUAUCAAACUGCCUGGCAGACUCUAUCUUCCUGCUCCGCAUCAUAGGCUGCCUGGCAAGAUUCCUGUCGUGCUUCAGACUGGAGGCUUUGACUCUACCCAAGAAGAGCUAUACUUCUAUGGUGCUGCUGGUGCUCUUCCCCGAGGCUAUGCCGUCUUCAGUUUUGAUGGGCCCGGUCAAGGCCUCCCCCUACGUGUUGGGAAACUGAAACUCCGUACAGACUGGGAAUACGUCGUGAGUCAAGUCCUAGACUUUGUCACAGAUGACAUAGCUCCAGAGUAUGAUCUUGAUCUUGAACGUCUAGCCAUCUUUGGAGCCUCCCUCGGCGGCUACCUGUCACUACGUGCGGCAGUCGAUCCCCGAAUCAAAGCGUGCAUCUCUUGUGACGGACCUCUGGAUCUAUUCGAGAUAACCCGCAGCCGCAUGCCUUCCUGGUUCAUCAACGGCUGGCUUUCCGGUUGGGUAAGCGAUGGGCUCUUCAAUUGGGUAGUAGACGCCCUCACUGCCGUGAACUUCCAGAUUGCAUGGGAGUUUGGGCACGGCAAAUGGGUUUUUGGGGUUGAAACGCCGGCAGAUGUGCUACGAGUCAUGCAGCAGAUCUCACUCAAGGGCGGAUACCUGUCCAAGAUCAAGUGCCCCACGUUAAUAACUGGCGCUGCGGAUUCGUUCUACUUCACGCCCGAUAUCAACGCCAACCCCAUAUUCGAGGGGCUGACGGCUCUGGGGUCCAAUGAGAAGCAUUUGUGGAUUGGUAAGGGGGUUGAAGGUGGAGGGUUGCAAGCCAAGAUUGGAGCUUUAGCUGUUGUUCACCAUAAGAUGUUUACGUGGUUGGAUAGUACUUUUGCCAUCAAGCGGGAUGUAUUGUAGCUUACUCGUGCCCAUAUUUCGUAAACCAAGUUUGACCCAAACUAGAAACUCUUCGAUGUGUACGUACCUACGGGCUGACAUACGCGUUUUAGCGUAU